AUUAUCUAAGCUUAAACGUCUAUAUAUCAAAUAAGCUUUUUUUUUUAAAUUGAAGUAAAAAAAAGAAAGAUUAUAUAUUUAAGUUAUAGUACAGAUUGGGUUGCCAUGCUUUUGUAUGUGUACCGCUGCUGUGAAGGCCGUUUCUUCUCCUUUUUGCUUUAGCAGUCAAUCCCUCUAAAACAAAGGUGUGGGAGACAUUAAACUUUAACCCAGAAGGAAAAUACAGACAACUGGUAGUAUUUUUCUUUUAUCUAUAUAUGUAUAUGUAUAUAUUACUUUUGCCAUAUUUUCUUUGCUUCUCUCUCUUGAACCGCCUAGCAUCAUGAGCUCUACUUGAAGUUGCAAAGGGUUUAAAGCCAGUGUGUUAAGUAUAUGAAGGCCAAAUUUUUUUUUCCUGUUUUUCUCCUUUCUUUUUUCCCACUUGGAGGCUUCAGUCAAAGUAAAGAUAAGUGAGGAAUUUCUGGUGAUUUCUAUAUGGUUAAAGAAGGUUUAUAUCUAAAUCCCACUGUUAAAUUUUCCUCUUUUCUUCUCUCGCUCUCUCUCUCCCUCUCAGUACUCUCCUUUUCCUUGUUAGUACCAGUACUUCUUCCUCGUGAGAAAAAAAAAUAAAGUUUUCUUCUUUUGGAGCAGAUUUCUCAUCUGGGUUUUGCAUAAAUUUUUCUUUUUUUUGGGUGAUUAGUUUAGGUAAUAGUUUCUCACAAAGAUAGCGCCGAGGAUAUUAAACACGUGUACUUUUAUAUAUACGACAUACGGAUUCUUCUUCUUCUUCUUUUUUCCCUGUUUGCUGAGUUCAUAUUGAGGCUUUUGGUAUGUUCUUCUGCUUCAUCCCCCUCUUUGAUGCGUUCUUUUACUAUGGAUAUUUCAUCGGUUGAGGAAAACUAGGGCUUAUACAUAUACAUAUUUAUCAAAUUCAUCAGUUUAUGCCCUUUGCCUUUUUUAUUCCCCCCCCCCCCCCCAACAAAGGGAUAUCAGAUCUAAAACGGGGUUAAGGUUUGUGUUAUAUGGAGAAACAAACUGGGAUAUGAGUAGCCGGCUGCUAUAUAAGGUUGGCUAUUUCAUUGAAGAUUUCAAGAGUUUGAGGCAACGAAGAUAACAUCUACCGACAGCAACGAAAGGGGGGAAGAUAACAAGAAGCAAUGAAUAAGAGUAAUCUAAGCUCCAUCAGCAGCUCCGAUCUCAUAGAUGCAAAGCUCGAAGAGCAUCAGCUGUGUGGAUCCAUGCACUGUCCCGGCUGCGGUCACAAACUAGAUGGAAAACCGGACUGGUUGGGUCUACCAGCAGGAGUGAAAUUUGAUCCAACAGAUCAAGAACUGAUAGAACACCUGGAAGCAAAAGUGGAAGCUGAAGACAUGAGGUCUCACCCUUUGAUUGAUGAGUUCAUCCCAACAAUUGAAGGAGAAGAUGGGAUUUGUUACACCCAUCCUGAGAAACUCCCAGGUGUGACCAGAGAUGGAUUAAGCAGGCAUUUCUUCCAUAGACCAUCAAAGGCUUAUACCACCGGGACAAGAAAAAGAAGGAAAAUCCAAACCGAAUGUGACUUGCAAGGUGGAGAAACAAGGUGGCACAAAACCGGCAAGACAAGGCCGGUCAUGGUGAGUGGCAAACAAAAAGGUUGCAAGAAAAUCCUGGUUCUCUACACGAAUUUUGGGAAGAACCGAAAACCCGAAAAGACUAAUUGGGUCAUGCACCAGUAUCAUCUGGGUCAACACGAGGAAGAGAAGGAAGGUGAGCUUGUGGUGUCCAAGAUAUUUUAUCAGACUCAACCGAGGCAGUGCAACUGGUCUGAUCGAACUGCUGCAGCAGCUGUUGAAGGAACCAACGUUGUUGUCUUCGACCCUAAUAACCGGCGAGAUAGCGGCGUUCGGAAUUGUUCCUCAAAGGAACAAUUAAUCCCUCUUAGAGAGGAAGUGUCGGGAGCCGGCGUUGCCGCCGCUGUUGCUUUAUCAAGCCUAGCCGGUGCCAUGGAUAUCCAACACUUAAAACCUGAUCAACUUCUUAGUUUCUCCCCGUUUAGUAAAAGCUUCGACGAGGUGGGGAUUGGAGAAGCUUCAGCUGCAAGGGAAACGCCGACUCAAGAGAUACCGGAGCAUCACCGUGAGACAGAUCAUAUGGCCCAUGAUCAUCAUCUUUUUCAUCAUCACCACCAGCAGCAGCAGAUUCCUACGACUGCGUUCCAUAUUAGCAGGCCUUCACAUCCAAUUUCCACAAUCAUCUCGCCACCUCCCCUCCACCACACCUCCAUCAUCCUUGAUGAGGACUCCUUUCAUGUCUCCAGAAUAAUGCUUCAAAACGAAAGUUUCCAGCAGCAGCAGCAAAAUCAUAAACUGGGAGGAAGGUCUGCAACAGGUUUGGAAGAACUAAUAAUGGGCUGCACUUCAAGUGAUAUCAAAGAACAGGAGUCAUCAAUCACGAACCCACACGAAGCUGAAUGGUUGAAGUACUCCUCUUUCUGGCCUGACCCUGACCAUCAUGGCUAGCCUCCA